CCCGGACACAAAACUCUUUUCCAAGGCAAUCAAGCCGCUGGUGUCCGCGAUUUCACGAAACGAAAAGCGGCCUCUGUGCACUGCUGCCCGCCGCUGGUAUAAUUGCGCUUCCGACACGUCCUUUCUCCAUCAUCUUCCCGUCCCUUUUCGACGCCAGUCUGCAAGCAACAGCUCGACCCCCCCUUCCCCCCACCCCCCACCCAACCCUUCACGCAGCCACGACCACACAUUCUCGCUCGACACUUAGUCCUUUGCUGGAGCAAACAUGGGCUGGACGGCGGACAGCGGAUUGCCCGAGCCCUGGGAGGUGCGCAUGUCCAACUCCAAAAACCUCCCGUACUACUUCAACCCGGACACGAAAGAGUCGCGAUGGGAGCCACCCGAGGGUGCAGAGGCGGAACGGCUCAAGCAUUACAUGGCGACCUACCACUCACACGCAAUCAAGAUGAUGGGCAACAGCUCCGAGGAGAAGAUCCGGGCCGCGCACCUACUGGUCAAGCACCGCGACAGCCGGCGACCAAGCAGCUGGCGCGAGAGCCGCAUCACGAGGAGCAAGGAAGAAGCGCGACAGAUUCUCCUGGGCCACGAGCAGAAGAUCCGCAGUGGUGAGACGUCACUGGGUGAGCUGGCGAUGACGGAGAGUGAUUGCAGCAGCGCUAGAAAGAGCGGCGACCUUGGAUUCUUUGGUCGGGGCGACAUGCAGAAGGAAUUUGAAGACGCGGCAUUUGCACUCAAGCCGGGCGAGGUUAGUCACAUUGUUGAAACGGCGUCAGGUUUGCAUCUGAUCGAGAGACUUGAGUAGCAACGGACGCUGUGGGUGUUGACACUGUUGCUGGAACACGAGACUGUGGGACAUACCCGCAAGUGAGUGGAUGAGCAAGUGUGCAGGAGCAAGAGUACGUGAGUUGCAGUGCUGUAUGAUGAGUGUAUUCGCGCAAGAAAAGGCAAAAAAGGCAAAGGCCCGCCAAAGGUCGACGUUCCUGGUUCAGUCAAGUCAGGCUUUCUCGAGUUAGCCUUGUCCUGCCUUUUUUGUUACCCCACAGUGUCUGUGCUGAACCAACCAACCGCGUCAUAGCCCAACGUUCGUCGUCCACGUCCACCUCAGCAGUCACUCGCUGCACCUUCACCACGCCAUUGCCGCAAAAAAGUUUCUUUUCGCCUUUGUGCAGUAGAGCAAAAAACCGGUUUUAGUUCUGGCAGCACUCCUCGGCUCGGUCGGACUGUCAUCGAUGCCAUGAGAGAGCAUGGCGUAGAAAACUCCAUUAGAUUCUUCUGUCUUGGCACCCUCACUUAAUUCAACAAAAACCAGCCCUCCCAUCACCUGCGUCCACAUGCGAAGGGAGAAGGGAGAGAAAGGAAAAAGGAGAGGAAAUCCAAAAUCCCAUGUCGUCGUUUGUACCUUGAACGGCUCGUUUUCAGACGCCCGUGGAAAGGCGAACGGCGAAGCUACUUCACUGCCUUUGGCAACCACAUGCGGUUGUCUUUGCAUUGAAAAAAUGGCGUAGUUCGAAGCACGCACAACCGCUUUGCAUGCUACGUGUGCAUCGUUGAUCAAACCAUUUCUGUUGAUAUCAUUGUAGCGUCGACGUUGCUCGCUCCAGCCCUCUUAGGUUCCAGACAAAAGCGAGCAAGCGCACAAGGAUAAGCAUCGGGUAAGCCUUCCCUCCUUCUCACACCACCGUCAGCUGGUUUGGUACAUGUGGAGUGCCCUUGAU